CGGCUAAAAAAAAAUCAGCCAAUCAUUUUACCGUUUAUAAUUACAGCCAAUCAAAUUGCUUCAUGAAAUGUAUUCAUCUGCUUUCAUCCAAUUGCUUUAACGGGCUGUAAAAACAAAGCGUUAACAACAUACGGUAUAUAUAAACUGGAAAUUGGUAUUUUUUUUCAGUUUAUUGGCUAGUUUUAAAUUGCUUUAUUGAGGAUUGCUUUUGAGAAGCAGAAUGGAUAUUACUGUGUUGAACAAUGAAGGUGAUGCUAUGAGACAUCGACACCGUUUGAGACGUCCAGGUCAACUAAAAUUGACUUCUCAGAGGUAUCAGCCGUAUCAUCAGUUUACCAGUAACAAAUAUGGUGACAAUGAUGUGGCUGACGUUCUGACUAAGAUGAAUUACAGAGUCUGCUACGACGGCUUCUACAUUCCAUCCCCUGAUGCUCCAAGCCCAACUGAGAGUCCAGCUUUCACCUUUGACGGCUUGUAUCCAGUUAAAACAGUCCACCAAGAAAGAGCUUCCAACUUUCAUUCGCCAGGCCAUCGAGCAAAGAAUUCAGCAAUGUUUACUGAAGCCAACACGUAUUUGAUGGAGAGAAUACUAAAAAGGCAACACCUGCAGGCGUUACCCAGCUGUCAGUAUGCGCCAAGAUAUCCCGAUCUCCGAUUCACCCUGAAUAUAGCAGAGAGCAUAAUGACGGAAGAGUCCUCCAUUAAGUAUCACAGCAUUCCAGACAUCAGUUGGAAGUCGCCCAACGAGAGCAUUCUUGAUGAUGCCAUUGACAACAUCGACGAAAGAGAUGACGAGAACGACGGGGAGGAGAAAUCUGCAUGGAAGGCCAAAGAAGAAAAAGAUAUCCCGAACCCAGAUGAUCACGAUGCCAUCUUGAGUCUUGCAAUUUCAUCCACAAAGCUUUGGAGACCACACGAAACAGAAAACUUAACGCCAAGUCAACCUGAAGCCAUGUUGCAUCGUGCCAGUUUAACCAACAAGCUCUGGGCUGGACCGGAAAAAGACGAAUGUGAUGCCUUCUUGAGUGUUGCCAACUCAAGUCAGCAUCGUUGUGAAACUCCACUGCAGAUCCAUCCAUCAAACUCUGUUUCCUUUCGGGAUGUUGCAGCAGAUUCGACAAAACAACCUGAUGGGCAGCCAACAACAACAGACGCUCGAGCCAUACAAUCGUCUCUUUUCUCCAAGCUGCAGAAGAUGGGAAGGACUUCUAUUCCAAUGAAGAGGGAGAGGAAGCACAUCGUCUGUGAUAUCUGUGGUAAAGGAUUCAGCCAGAGCGGGACGAUGAGGAGCCACAGACGAACUCACACGGGUGAGCGACCUUACCAGUGCGACGUCUGCCAGAAGAGUUUCGGCGACAGGUCCACCUGGAGGAAGCAUCGUCGUGUUCACACCAGAGACAGGCCGUUCACUUGCGACGUCUGCGGAAAGUCGUUCGCGCAGUCCGGAAAUGUGGCCAGACACAAGAGAACUAUGCAUGCAGACGACAUCUAGAGUGACAUUUUUUUCAAGGCCAAGAUAAUACAUGGACACGGAAAGACAGUAUAUUAAUGACCUUAUACAACGAAUGUUCAUGUGCAUCUUUCCUGGGCAUAACCUGUGAUUUUCUUUAUAUAGUGCUAUAUUUAUUGUAUCAUCUAACAAUUUGUUACGGGGGUUUUUUUUUUUUUUUUUUUUUUUUUUUUUUUUUUUUUUUAUAUAAGACAUGGAAAUGUAUUGUAGAUUCCAUUGAGGUGGGGUUUUUCUUCAGGAUUUUGUCAUACUAGCAAAGCGUCUGCAAUAAUGUUGUUUUUUUUGUUUUGUUUUGUUUUGUUUUUUGUGACCAAGCUUUUGACAUUAGAUGCAUGUUAGGUUUCAUGUUUUGUGCUGUAUUGAUUCAAUUCCCAUGUGACAAAUGGGUUUUGUUCGUGCCAAGGUGUCAUUAAAUAUUCAUUACGAGUCUCAUUAACAAAUGUAUUUAACAAAUUGGACUAGUGCUCAGAUGUAAUCCUAUUUAUACGUACAUAUAAAACAUGUUUACGUUAAUGCUUACAUUUUACAGCAUGAUCUAUACACGUAGCAAUAGUUCUAAUGUCACAAUGGGCAGUAUUAUACUAUUUUACUUUCAGAUUUGUUGUUUUCAACUGGAAAUAAACGUGAUAGCCGGUUUUGUAUAUGCAAAUGAAGAACUGAUUAUAACAACUGCAAUUCACUUGUAGUUGUUUAUAGAUAUUUAUUUAUUACUUUGUUAUAAUUAAUAUUCUGUUUGUACAUUUUCAUGUAUGCUUUAUGAUAGAAUAGUGGUGCUAAUCGGUGCUAUUAUAUUAUGUAAGACUUUUGUAUUAUGAACAUAUUACAUUAUGUAUGGAUUUUGUAUUAUAACGUGUAUUAAAGAUUUUAAAAUUAAAA